CGGUGUUGUGUUUGACACGGCAGUAUUCUCUGUAAUUGCCAUGUAGUCAUCAGCAGUUUUCUCAAGAGCUCCGCGUCUCAAAUAACGCUAAACGUGCCGCGUAAUGAAAUGCAUCGACACCGCACUAUGUCCACCACUGCGAAUGCCGACGACGCAUUAUACAUUGGCACCUACGAAUUCCAAUUAACAUCCGCCGAGUUCGAUUGCCAUCGCCAUCUCGACUUCUAAGUGGGGUUCCUGUUUACACUUAGAGUCAGAACUACCUGUACUUUUAUUUAUUUUAUUUAUUCAGUUUAUUUUCAAUUUACUAUCGCUAAUUUAUUCUUUUCUUAUUUUCCAAUCUAUUUUAACUAAUUAUUUGCGCCCAGCGUAGCACCGUUCCCACGAUUGAACGUUGGUGGGAAUACCAUGCACAAUGUGCUUGGGAAUCAUCGGAUAUUCACGAUGAUGAACUGCCAUGAAAGUGGUGGAUGAUCUACGACACCUUUAUUAUCAACCAUUUCUAAGAACUUGGCAAAAUCUCUGGAACAUCAUUGUCUGGCCCGAAGAUGCCGAAUCUACGAACCUGGGUGUGGCAGCUUUGGGUGUUUGGUUCACUGAUUUUUUAUUCUGCAGAAUCUGGUGUCAAUGUGCCGGUGGUCAGCGAAUGUCAUAAAGUGGUGCAGAUGGACAGCGCCGCGGGCCAGCUGAAGUCGCACGAGCAGUAUCCGGCAGCGCCCUACCCGCCCGGCUUCCAGUGCCGCUACGUCAUCCACGCCGCCGACAACCGCAUCGUGGAAGCCAAGAUCGGCGCGGGCGAUGUGGGACUGCGGCCCUGGGAUUUCGCCAUCAUCAUCAACGGCCGGGUGGCCUCCAAGCUGACGUUUAUCUGUAAUGUUAACGAGUACAAGAAGCUGGGCGACAGUGGACACGAUUAUAUAGCGGUCGUCCAGAAAAACUUCAUUAAUGGUCUCACGCGCAGUAUUAAGAGUAACACAUCGACGAUUAUUGUGGACUUUUGCGUGCACACCUUCGACAAGGAACUGGACAACCGCAAGGGCUUCCUCAUCGACUACGCCGCCGUCCCCGCGGCGGAGGGGGCACCGGAAACCACCGGUCCCGAUGCACCCGGCGGCGACGCCCUCGAGCCGCACCAAAGCAACGUGGUCCAGCCGGAGCCGGCGGUGUGUGGGCGUCCCCAGAAUCCUCCAUCCAAUAAUCCCAAUCACCGCAUUGUCAACGGGGUACUGGCACGGGAGAACAGCUGGCCGUGGAUCUGCUCGCUGGUGCAGAAACCGUCGCUGCAGUUCUGCGGAUGCACACUGAUUGCAGAGCAGUGGGUGGUGACCGCCGGGCACUGCGUGGACAACAGCGGCGAGGAGCAUCUGCGCAAGAAUGUCCUGGUGUAUCUGGGAGUGGAGAAUCUGCGCAUGGCCACCGACGACCACAAAUUCGGCAUCGUCUACGUGGUCAAACACGAACUGUACAACGACCCGCCCGGCAGCACCGCCAACGACAUCGCCCUCAUCAAACUGGACCGCAAGGUGCGCGUCUCCAGCGACGUCAUGCCGGCCUGUCUGCCGGCCAGGAGCGUGCACGAGCCGCCGUUUGUGCAGACGGGUGCGCAGGGGCGGCGGGUGUGCUGGGUGGCCGGAUGGGGGCGGUUGUACGAUGGACAAGCCGCCAUUGAUGGUGGGAAAAUCGGCGCCGGCAGCGACAAUCUACGACAAGUGGCCAUCGAAGUGAUGUCGGAUGGCGACUGUCGCAGUUACAUGCAGAGCUACAUCAUAACAAACAAAAUGUUUUGUGGCGGAUAUGAUGAAGGGAGGUAUGAUUCAUGCCAGGGUGAUUCAGGUGGACCGUUAGUCUGUGAUGAUGGAACAGGGCGAUGGGCACUGUAUGGUGUGGUGUCCUGGGGAUUGGGCUGUGCGCAGGCCCGGGCACCCGGCAUCUACACCAACGUGGCGCUGAUGCUGGAUUGGCUCGAUGCGAAAAUGAAGGGCCGUCCUUGAUAAGUUGAUCUUCUCUUCUCUGUCUUUAUUUAUGUUUUCUAUUAAAAUUAAACCUGGUUGGUGUGCUUGAUGACCUUUUGUUAGCUGAACAAAAAGAGUCAAAGGUUAUGCAGACGGAUGGUCUGGAGCCGGUGACAAGAAACCCGCAGUAAAAACGAA